GUCAUCGCCACCUGCUGAGACCCCUCCAACUCCGGCUGAGCUGAAUGCGAAGGCCGAAUGGAUCCACCGGGACUGUGGCCCCGCGUGGGCCGCCCUCCGCCCACGAAUUGGGGAUCCCGCCGUGACGCCUCGGGGGAGGGAAGGUGUCCUGUGAGCUGCGGCCGCGGGUCCGGGCGUCCGGCCCAGUGAUUGAUGGAUUCCUGGAAGUUGACUCGCAGCAAUAUAUAGAAAUGUUUUUCUAUACGAGGCCCAUAAGGAGGUUAUGUCUAGAGAAAAUAUUACCCCCCUGGCUUCUUCACUCAAGAACACUCUCAGGAGCUGAGGCCGUCAAUGCUCUGAGACCUUUCUAUUUUGCAGUGCACCCAGAUUUCUUUGGACAGCAUCCCAGAGAGAGGGAAAUCAAUGAAAACUCUCUUAAGAAAUUAAGUGCCUACUUGGAAAACCUCCAGAAACCAGGCUUCAAGUCUUUGAAACCAACUCAGCUUACUUUUUAUGUGAGAGAAACUGAGCAGACGUCCUCAGAUGGCCACGAGUCAUUGAACGCUCUAGGGUUUCGAGCCGUCACUUUUACUUUGCACAGCAGAGAUCUCCUCAGCACCGUCUUAGAUAUUCUCAACUCCUGUAGCUUAUCCACUGAACACAUCCCAAGCUCAAGUGCUAAUGUGGCUUCCCAAGCACCCACAGCGGCAAAAAGGACAUUUGACAGACCUAUUAAAUGGAACAAGACUUACUACUCCUUCACUGGAUUCAAGGACCCUGAAGAAGAACUGGAAAAAGUCCAAAGAAUGGAAACUUCUCUCAUGUCCUGGUUAGAUAGUAAUGAAAAAAGUGCCAUUAAAAAGCUGACCAGUAGUUUGCCACUGAGAGAAGAACUAGACCGUUUAAAAAACGAACUGUCUCAUCAGCUCCUGCUCUCAGAUAUCAGGUGGCAGAGGAGCUGGGGAAUAGCUCACCGCUGUAGCCAGCUGCAUAGCCUAGGUCGCUUAGCUCAGCAAAACCUGGAAGCCCUUCGGAAUGUUAAAGGUUGUACAGUGGUAUUCACAGACCGGUCAGGCAUGAGUGCCUUGGGCCAUGUCAUGCUAGGAACCAUGGAUGUUCAUCACCACUGGACAAAACUCUCGGUCGCGCUGAUCAGAGUCAGCUCACUUCUCCCCUCUGGGCCACAGCUCUUUGAAAGGUUGCCCAGUUACUUCGCCCUCCAGAGGAAGCUGCAGCUUUUAGAAGACCGGAUCAGCUACUUGCUGGGCGGCAUCCAGGUGGUGUACGUGGAGGAGCUGCAGCCGGCGCUGACCAUUGAAGAGUACUACUCUCUCCUUGACAGCUUCUAUAACCGGCUUCUGAAGAGCAGGCUCCCCUUCCACCCUCACAGUCUCCGGGGCCUGCAGAUGAUCCUGGACAGCGAUAGAUAUUCUCCCAGCCUGCAUGAACUUGGUUACUUCAGCAUCCCAUCGCUGUGUGACCCCGUGUCCCUCCAGUGGUUUAUUUUCGCCAAAGCUGCCCAAGCCAGAGAGAAUAUGAAAAGAAAGGACGAGUUAAAGGUAAUUGAAAAUGAAUUGAUCCGUGCUUCAAUUAAGAAAUUUUCUCUGAAAAAGUUGUAUAAGGAGCCGAGUGUUUCAAGCACUCAAAUGAUCGACUGCUGUAAGAGACUUCUGGAACAGUCCCUGCCCUACCUGCAAGGGAUGCACGUGUGCGUUUCCCAUUUUUAUUCUGUUCUGCAAGAUGGCGACCUUUGUAUUCCCUGGAAUUGGAAGAGCUGAGGAACUGCCUUGUGAGAGGUCACCAAGAGAAGUAAAUUUUAGGCUUAACUUAUUUAAAUCUCCAUUUUGAUACAGCAGUAUUGUUACACCUCUUGCCAGAAUGGGACUCCUGAUUGCUGCUGUGAAAGUAGAACUUCUGGUGCAAGUGGGAAAGCUUUUGUUUGUAUAUUUCUGGUUCUCAUCCCUCACCUUCCAUGGUUUCCAAAAUUAUAGACGAGUCUAACCUAGAGGUAUUGGAAUGAAAGAGGCCAUAUAUAUUUUUAGUAGUGAAAGGCACUUUUAAAUGAAGCGAGACUUCUACAAAAGAAAAAUGAUCUAUUUUUAUAUGCACGGCUGUUGGGGCGGGGCAUUUGAUAAAGGUGGAAAGGCCCAAAAAAGGAACAGAUACAUAAUGAGGAAUGGAGAAGCAAGACUCCUUCCUGCCAGCACCUGGCACAGUGCCCUGUACAUAGUAGGCGCUUAAUCAGUGUUUAUUGAGUUGAAGUCACGUUUCUUGCCUUUCUUGUUAAACCUCACACCUACAUGUUUUGGCACUAAUGGUGGACAGCUGGUAUUAUCCAAAGAGGGUGAUUUCUGGGAAGCAAAAAUUAAUUGUCCAUUUUGAUUUGGAAAAAGAGGUUAGAAUUAUGAAAAAUUAUGUAGAUAUCCUAUAUGGUGUCCCUUUGACUUUUUUAUAAGCUAUUUGGGGCCAAUAUAUUUGUGACAGUAUUAUCCAUUCUUGUUGCUGGAGAAUUUGAUUUUUAGGUUACUGCUCCCGUAACUGAGGGUCCUGUCAAUUUAAGAGGCAAGUGACCGAUUGUAGUGUUCUAUGAUUUUAGAAUCGCACAUGAAUAGAGGGGCCUGUUUUUCUGUGUGGGAAAUUGUUCUCAGGAAGACUCUGGCUACAGCCCUAGAGGUGGCUAGAGGCCAAAACCUCAGUGAAUGGUCAAGGUCAGGGGUCACUUGAAUCCAGGCCCCCGCCAGGCCUUCCCAGCCCAGGUUCCCCUGUCUCUCUCCAGAUGUCAGAUAUUUGUCUGAUGCUGUGGCAGCCACCUCUGGGUUCCUGCUGCUCUCACACUUUGGGGCUUCUCCUCAGGUCACCAUUGCCGUGUCCCCCUCCUGAGUGUCCUGUAGCAUAACCAGUGACUGAUCUUCAUACAGUUCAGUGUUCUCUAAGAUGGCAUCUUCAUAUAUCACAGUCUGAAGACGCUCCCUCACAGGAGGGCAGGUAAUGGUCCGGCUCAGAUUCCCUGGACAUUGCUAGGGCAUCCCUGAAAAUGCCUGUUUCCAGGGUGUGCUGUUAGACUUAGGACACUGGAAGAGAUUGGGUCAGAUUUAAGCUCAUCUGAAACCUAGAUUCAAAAGUCAUAAUUUGAACAAUUGAAACAAAAAUUUGAAAGUAAUUCUGGAUUCAAAGAAAGUGUUGAUUUGUACGGUUAGUGUUUGUAGAUGCAAACAUUGUCCUUUUUAUCUCCACAUAAGUAUGCUACAACAAACCUUCUGUCUUCUAGAAUGAUUGUCUGCUGCCUCGGAACAUUUGACCAAACCUACAGAUAACCCAAAAACUGCCGUCUUAACAGUAAUUUUUAAAUGAAGAAAAUAGAAUUAGAUUAUCCCCUUUGUAAGGUUAACUGAAAUGUAAUUUCCAGUGGUGUGUUUUGAACUGGACUUUGCCUCUAAGAACUAACAAUUGUUAUACAAUAAACAUAAUCUCUAUUAACCAUA